AUGGCCGAACGCUACAUCCCAGAGCAUCGCCGCACCCAAUACAAGGCCAGGAACCAGUUCCGGCCCGACGAACUGCGCCGUCGUCGUGAGGAGCAGCAAGUCGAGAUUCGAAAGCAGAAAAGAGAAGAGAACUUGGCCAAGCGACGAGGUAUCCAGACCCGGGAUGGCGGUAUUGGUGUCGGAGGUGGCAUGGCCGCCGCUGAGAGCGACGACGAGGCUAGUGCUAUCGAGAGCGAGCUCAACGUCGAGCUGCCAGAGAUGGUCAAGGGUGUGUUUUCCGACCAGAUCGAAGCCCAGAUCCAAGCCACAACCAAGUUUCGAAAGCUCCUGUCCAAGGAGCGCAAUCCUCCUAUCGAGCGCGUUAUUGAGACCGGCGUUGUCUCUCGUUUCGUGGAGUUCCUCCGCUCCCCUCACACCCUAGUCCAAUUUGAGGCUGCUUGGGCUCUGACCAACAUUGCCUCCGGAUCUGCUCAGCAAACCCAAGUUGUCAUCGAAGCCGGCGCCGUACCGAUCUUUGUCGAGCUCUUGAGCAGCCCCGAACCUGAUGUGCGCGAGCAGGCCGUUUGGGCUCUGGGUAACAUUGCCGGUGAUAGCCCUCAAUGCCGUGACUUCGUGCUCAACGCUGGUGCCCUGCGCCCUCUCCUGACCCUGAUCAACGAUGGCCGCAAGGUCAGCAUGCUCCGCAAUGCUACCUGGACGCUGAGCAAUUUCUGCCGCGGCAAGACCCCUCAACCCGACUGGAACACGAUUGCCCCCGCUCUUCCUGUCCUGGCUAAGCUCAUUUACAUGCUCGAUGACGAAGUCCUCAUUGAUGCGUGCUGGGCUAUCUCCUACCUCUCUGAUGGUCCUAACGAGAAGAUUCAAGCUGUCAUUGAGGCUGGUAUCCCUCGUCGACUUGUCGAACUCCUCAUGCACGCCUCCACCUCUGUCCAGACCCCCGCCCUUCGCUCAGUCGGCAACAUUGUCACCGGUGACGAUGUCCAAACUCAAGUGAUCAUCAACUGCGGUGCUCUUCCUGCUCUUCUCUCCCUUCUGGGCUCAACCAAGGACGGUAUCCGGAAAGAGGCUUGCUGGACCAUCUCUAACAUCACUGCUGGCAACUCGAGUCAGAUUCAGUCCGUUAUUGAUGCCGGUAUCAUUCCCCCAUUGGUCCACCUGCUUGCGAAUGGCGACUUUAAGACCCGCAAGGAAGCUUGCUGGGCCAUUUCCAAUGCUACCUCUGGAGGUUUACAGAAGCCCGAACAGAUCCGGUACCUCGUCACCCAGGGUUGCAUCAAGCCGCUCUGCGACCUGCUUGCUUGCCCUGACAACAAGAUCAUCCAGGUUGCCCUGGAUGGUCUUGAGAACAUCCUCAAGGUCGGUGAGAUGGACAAGGAGGCUGCGCAAACUGGUGACGCCCGCGUUAAUCGUUAUGCUCUGUUCAUCGAGGAGGCUGGUGGCAUGGAGAAGAUUCACGACUGCCAGAACAACGCCAACGAGGAGAUCUACAUGAAGGCUUACAACAUUAUCGAGAAGUACUUCUCUGAUGAGGAUGAGGCUGGUGGUGACAUCGAUGAGCUUGCCCCUCAACAAACCCAAACAGGUUUCACUCUUGGUGCCCAAGGGCAAGCCGGUGGAUUCUCGUUUGGCGGUGCCAACGGUGGCGACUCCAUGGACAUGUAG